UUACGGUGCUCAAUUGGCCUGCGUGCGGUGUACCUUUCACAUUAUUUUCGCCCGUUUCAGUCCACUGCAUCUGUCCCUCUCACCCCACUGGCCACAUCCACUCGCCGGCCUCAAUCGAUCUCGCGAUCGCUCGUCCAAUAUGCUCUCCACCGUGGUCGAUUCCACGGCGGUGCCACGCCUUCCGGUUCCGACGGCUAGGGCCGUGGUAAUAUCUCCGACUAGUUCUUUCAUGGGGCCCCGAUCGACGAGGCCCCUUUCCCAUUUCAGCGGCCUGAGGAUGUCGGCUCCACUUGCAAUGGUCUUGCCCCCGAAGUUUCGGAAGGAGAGAUCGAGGGAUUCUCGCCUCGUAAUAGUGGUUUGCGAGGCCUCGGAGGCGACAGCCGAGCUUCCAGUAGUUACCAACUCAACAUGGCACUCUCUUGUCCUGGAGUCAGAUAUCCCAGUGCUUGUAGAUUUUUGGGCCCCAUGGUACGAACCUUGUCAGACGAUUGAGCCACUCAUUGUCAAAUUGGCUAAGGAAUAUGAAGGAAAACUCAAGUGCUAUAAGAUGAACACUGAUGAAAACCCCGACAUAACAACACAAUAUGGUAUUCGAAGCAUUCCCACCAUGCUACUCUUCAAAGAUGGUGAGAAGAAAAAUGCUGUAAUUGGAGCUGUACCAGAAACUACACUUGUUUCACUGACGGAAAAGUUUAUAAAUAGUUAAGGUAGACGUUUUGUCUCAAGGAAUUGGAGUUCGUUGGAGGGUAGUUCCUUAACCUUUGGUAGUCGAGGAAGUAAAAAGUUGUUUGGAUCUGAUGUGCUAGUGUAUUGUGCAUUUAUCUUCGUGUGUAUAUGUUCACUCUGGAUUUCUAGUUUGCAUCUUUCAUGCAGUAGGAUGAUGCGAUGUUGAUUGUUUUCUUCUGUUUCAUCCCUUCAUCUGAUGUUUGAGCUACCACAAUUGGUCCUUUGUUGAUUAUGGAUGGUCCAAUUUAUGAAGCACAAAUCAAUCCGUAUUCAUUUUUAGUUGAUGAGCCGGAUUGAUUUGCAGUUGCUCCCA